AUGAGCCCUGGCUCGAUCAUGGAUACUACACUCCCCAGCACCAACUCAAGCCUGUUUUCCGUCCCCAAACUUGCCGAAGAUGGCUCGAAUUGGAUAACCUAUAAGGAAAGGACGUUAAUGGCGUUAGGGGCUAGAGGUCUGAUGCGAUAUACCGAGGGUCGAGCUACCAAGCCAUUGCCGUUCGCCGUAGAUGCGUCGACAAAGGCUCUAACGAAGGCUGAUGGGACAGUGCCUACGCAGGCCGAGAUCGACGAGCUUGAUAAGAAGAUUGACGAAUAUUACCAGAAAGACUCACUGGUAAAGCAACAAGUCUUCAGCACCAUAACUGAUAGAUUAUUGCUGCGCGUUCAAAACCUGAAGGACGCUUCGGAAAUCUGGAAAGAGAUAUGUCAGAUCCAUGAAGGC